UGUCAAGUCCUAGCUUCUAACGCAAAUAUAUUAAUGCGAGCGAGGCGCUAUUCCACGACCAGUUUGUGUGUUGUAGUCGCCGGAGUCACACCGCUGGAUAGAGCGCGCCCAAAGGCAGCUUCAUAGUUUUAUUUUUUUUAUUUGGCUUUAGCCAUUGUAUGGAGCGUGAAAAACCAUUACCAUUAUUAUUGGGGCAGCAGUGUGCGACGCUUUCACAAAGCGUCCAAUUUUCUGGAGAUGAGCGGCAUGAUGAGGAGGUGUCUAAGAAGGAGAGAGAGCCGGGUGCGCCGGCCGUGGGGCGAUGGGGAGCAGAAUGGCCCAGUUGACUCGCUGGGGAGUAUCACCUGACCGCGCCCCUGCCGCGAGCGCGUUGGGGGGCUCCACGCCGUCCGCUGCAACUCCAAGCGCGCCCGCACGAGGACCUCGCCACGCUCGCCGAGACCGCGCUGCGCCGUCUGCUGCUCGCCGAGAACUACGACUCGAUCGCCAACCUUCUUCAUCUCUAUGACGCCUACAGCCGCGCCAACAAACCGCUUACCGCACUCUACAAGCGAUACGCGCCGCAGCUACAUCUCAAGAAGCACACGUGCGUCGGGCUCGGUUUUGAGUUGAUCCGGAGAUGGCGCCGCCUCGAGAAGGGGUUCCCGGGGUUCGUGCGCGCUACAUCGCUGGUGUCGUGCGAGGAAGCCGUCCCCGAAGUGCAGCAGUAUGUGGCGGCCGCGUGUCCCUCCGCGAUGCCAGGCGCCGAGAAGGAGCACGUGAUGGUGUGCGUGCAAAUCCAAAUAGACGGUCGCAAUGGCGUGAUGCUGGCUGAUCCCGGCUAUCAUGUGCCGAGGAUCAUCACUGUCAUGGCAGACGGGGCGUAUCCACACACCGGUUGGUUCACGCAGAUGGACGAGCCGCACUGUCGCAAGGAAUACAACUACACGUUCAACCAGGACAACCCCGGUUAUGUGGAGUGGCAGGAGCGGGAAACUCGCGGCGGCAUCGUGAAAUGCCAGAUCUCCCUGGUGUUUGUCGGGAAACCGUACCAAGACGCCGUCAACGUAACCGAGAGAAGGAAUCUUGUUUACAACUUUAGCAUGAUUUGUACAGAAGUCUCUUGUCGCGAGACCAGAAGGGUCACCUUCGGGCCGGGAUGUACUUCCCGAUCGGAGGACGAGGGGUGGAGGAACAGUUCACGUUGUUCUUCGAGGAAGGCCCAGAGAAGCGGAAAACCAAAUACAAAUUUAGCUCGUUCAUCAGCACUAAGGACAUCCCAGAAUCCGCUCUUGAAGAUAUCAAGCUUUGCAACGUACAAUUAAACUACAAGCCGGACGAGCUCCUCGAAAUUAUUUGUAAACUAGCCAAUGUAAUGGCGGACGAGUCGUUUAUAGAACAAAUGCUAAAGAUAAACGAUGAUAUCUGUCGAGCGGGAUUCGACGCGCAAAGGGAUUGAAACAACAUGGCCGUCAAAACAAAAUGGCCGCCGACCGAGCUCGGCGGGAUACCUUAGAAACGGCGGCGUAUUCGAUAAAAUUAUUAGUUCCAUUUUUUUUGUUAAAUUAAAUGAUUCCUCGAGUAUUUUUAUACGUUCAAUUAUUUUUAUUACUUUGGUGAAAGGUGUAUUUUAUUGGUCUAAGUUAAAACGUUUUCAAUUGGGUGGACCGGGUUAUAUUUUAUAAAUGUUUAAGCUAUGGGUUUCUUUAAUACACAAUUAUUUCACGAUAAA